AUGGCAGCACCAACGGCAGCUGUGACUGCAGCAGCAGCAGCAGCAGCAGCAGCGUCGGCCGCAGCAAGAGCACCAGUGCAGAGGGGGCCCUGCGCCCGCCAGCUGCACAGUGUUAGCCUGAAUAAACUUUUGGGCUGUUCUGCUGCUGCAACAAGGCAAGGUGCUGCUGCUGCUGCUGCUGCUUGUGCACCUGCAGCAGUCAGGCCAGCAGCGGCACGGCUGAGCUCUCUUGCUGCUGCACCGGGUAAGCCUGCAGACAAUGCGCUAAAAGCAGCAGCAGCAGCAGCAAAGGAGGCUAUAGCAGCGACGGCAGCAGCAGCAGCAGCGCAGGAAGCUACGGCAGCAGGAGUAGUAGCAGCAGCAGCAGCAACAACAGCAGACAACGUGACGCUGGAAGAUAUAGGGGAUGCCUUUGGCACAGUGAGGGGCCUUCUUGAGCAGCAGCAGCAGCAGCAGCAGCAGACACAGCAGCAGCAAGCGCGAUGCAGCAGCAGUUCUUCAGGCCCGCAGCUGCAGCAAGAAGCAGUAGGGCUUUUGCAUGCGCUGUCGGACGCAUUAGCAGCAGCAGCAGCAACAACAACAUCAGCAGCAGACUCCAAGGCAGCAGCGGCAGCAGCAGCAACGGCAGCAGAUUCAGAGGUAGCAGCAACGGCGCAGCGAGCUGCUGCAGCAGAGUGGCAGCAAACGGAGUGCGCAGCCGUCGAUCUGCUGCUGCGGGUCGCUUGCUGCGGCGUUCCUGCAGCGGCAGCAGCAGCGGCUUCUGCUGCUGCUGCUCCACAAGCUGCAGCAGCAAGUGCGGCAACGGCAGCAGCAGGGGCCUUCGAAUCCAGCAUGAUUAGGGAUGCGGAGGGCGUUGCUGCUGUGCUGCUGCUGCUGCAGCAGCUGCUGCACUCGCGCUGGCUGCCUA